CUCUGAUUGUACCUAGCUCGAGGAGGCAGAAGACGCUGAUGUUGGAAGCCACUGAACACACUUCCCCAUCCCCCUAGAGUCCCCACGCACCUGGCCAGACCCCUACGGACCCCGAUCCCUCCGCUAGCACUCUCUCCCCUUCUGGAAGCCCGCCUAUCUAUCUCUUUCUCCCAGGGUCUGAGCAGACUGGAUAGGCGACAGUGGAGUCCCACUGGCUCUCCUCUAGAGCCAGGGAUGCCCGGAGGCAGCCUGGGCGCCUGGAGGAGGAAGGCCACUCCGUGACUCCAAGGCUGCCUCGGUCUCCCCCCUGGGGUGAUCUGAUCUGAUCUAGGGCCAGAGGUGGGAUCCUGAAGGGGCUCGCUGCUAGGACUUGCUUCUCCUGACUGGGAGGGAGUCUAGGGGCCGCCAAUCCUUCAGAAGUCCCUCGGGCGCCCCGGCCCCCAGCCAGGAAGUCCGGGGUGCCAAAGGGGAGCGCAAAGGUGCAAGUGCGUAUGUGUGUGUGUGUGUGUGUGUGUGUGUGUGUGUGUGUGUGUGUGUGUGUGUACCCGCGCGCGUUCACGGGACCCACGGGGAGGGGGCGCGGAACCCAGGGCGGGAGUAGGGGCGGUGACAGCUGCUGCGGCCGCCGCCGGGGCCGGGAGCACCGGGGCAAGGGCGGCAGCCGGGGCUGGGUCCCUGCAGCGCAGCACAGUGCAGCGGUCGCAGCAGCCAGUCCGCCGGCCAGCAAAUAGCCUGAGUGGCGCGGUGCGCCCCGCUGCUGUUGCUGCUGCUCGGGCCACGGCUGGGGCUGGGGCUGGGGCUGGGGCUGGCCCGUCUGCCUCCGUUCGGGGCUCUUCUCUGCCUCGCUCUGUCUCGGGCUCCUGGGCUCUUGCUCUUUCUCUCGAUCUACUCUUCUGCCCUUCUCCCCCUGGUUUCGGGCUGCUCCGGCUCUGCCCUGGGUCUUCCUUCCCUGGCGCGGCCGCUUCGGUUAGUCCGUCAGUCGGUCUGUGCGUACGGCUUUCGUGCCCCGCCUCUGCCUGUUUCCUCCCCACGGGCGAUUGGGCUCAGUGAGCCGGCAGCAGCCCCAUCUGUCCGUCGGUCCAUGGGUCGGUCUUCUCGACUUCGCUCGCCGCUCUCUGGCUCAAGGAGGGCUUGAGGAGGAGCCUCAAGAAACUAACUCCCUUCAAAAAAAAAAGUCUCCUAGGAUAAGAGCAGCCGCGGGCCGGCCCCCUCCUCCCGGCGGCCCCCCCACCCCUCUUUGCUUUCCUCCUCCCUCCCCUGCCUGCCAUUCCCACUGCAUCCCUCCCUGUCUCCUGACACGCCGGCUGAGAAGAAGCUCUUGUCGCUGGGGAGGGGAGGGGAGGAGGAGGAGGAGGAGGAGGAGGAGGAAGAAGAGGAAGAACAGGAGGAGGAGGAAGAAGAAGAAAAGGAAGAAGAGGAGGAGGAAAGGGCAGCGGCAGCGGCAGCAGCGGCGGCAACGGCAGUAGCAGCAGCAGCAGCCGCAGCAGCAGCGGCAGCAGCGAGCCCUCCUCCAGGCGCCCCGGGUUGCCUCCAGGUGACGAUGCUCUGGCUCUCCCCCAGCGUCCGGGCUCUGGCUCCGCGGCGGUGGCUGGCUUCCCCUGGGAUUACCUUCAGUGUCUGGCUGCUGCUGAGUAACCUGUGGGUCCAGAUGUCUCUGGCUUCCUCAUUCCUGACAGGUUCAGUUGCUAAAUGUGAAAAUGAAGGCGAAGUCCUCCAGAUCCCCUUUAUUACGGACAACCCAUGCAUAAUGUGUGUCUGCCUGAAUAAAGAAGUGACGUGCAAACGAGAGAAGUGCCCGCUGUUCUCCAAAGACUGUGCCCUGGUGGUCAAGCAGAGGGGAACCUGCUGCGAGCGAUGCAAAGGCUGUAGCUACGAAGGAAACACCUACAACAGCUCCCUAAAAUGGCAGGUCCCAGGUAACCCCUGUGUCCUCCACCAGUGCCAGGAAGGAGUUGUGACCAAGGCUGAAAUGCGCUGCGUGGUUCAUUGUAAAAACCCUACCAAACAGCAAGGGAUGUGCUGCCCCACCUGUCCAGGGUGUGUGUUUGAAGGAGUUCAGUACCACGAAGGAGAAGAGUUUCAGCCUGAAGGGAACAGAUGUACCAAAUGUUUCUGUACCGGAGGUCAGACCCAGUGUGUGAGAGAAGUCUGCCCUAUUCUGUCAUGUCCUGAGCACCUGAGUCAUACCCCACCAGGACAGUGUUGCCCCAGAUGUGUAGGUCAGAGGAAAGUGUUUGACCUCCAGUUUGGAAGCUGCCUCUUCCGUAGCGAUGUCUAUGAUAAUGGCGCCUCCUUCAUCUAUGACAAUUGCACAGUUUGCACAUGUCAGGACUCCACUGUGGUGUGCAAGAAGAAAUGCUCUCCCCCUGGAGCUUGUGCUAAGAACAGAGACCCCUGUUGUGAAGAGUGCCUUGUGCGUGUGCCCCCCAAAGACGUCCGUGUGUGCAAAUUUGGAAGCAAGAUCUUCCGGGAUGGAGAGAUGUGGUCCUCCGUCAACUGUACCAUCUGUGCUUGUGCCAAAGGCAAGAUCGAGUGUCAGAAGAAGCAAUGCAUCCCCAUCAACAGCUGUCCUCAUGGUAAAAUCCUGAAUAGAAAGGGAUGCUGCCCUAUUUGCACUGAAAAGCCCGGCGUUUGCACUGUAUUUGGAGACCCCCACUACAACACUUUUGACGGACGGACAUUUAACUUUCAGGGAACAUGUCAGUACGUUUUGACAAAAGACUGCUCCUCCUCUGCCUCACCCUUCCAGGUGCUGGUGAAGAAUGAUGCCCGGCGCACCCGCUCCUUCUCUUGGACCAAGUCCGUGGACCUCGUGGUGGGAGGCAGCACGGUCAGUCUCCAGCAGCAUCUCACAGUCAAGUGGAAUGGUACCCGGAUAGCCCUGCCCUGCGACACUCCCCAUUUCCACAUCGAUCUGGAUGGCUACCUCCUGAAAGUGACAACCAAAGCAGGUCUGGAAAUCUCCUGGGAUGGAGACAGUUUUGUAGAAGUCAUGGCUGCCCCACACCUGCAGGGCAAACUCUGUGGACUUUGUGGCAAUUACAAUGGACACAAACGGGAUGAUUUAAUUGGGGGAGAUGGCAACUUCAAGUUCGAUGUGGAUGAUUUUGCCGAGUCCUGGCGAGUAGAAUCAAAUGAGUUUUGCAACCGGCCCCAGAGAAAGCCAGUGCCAGAGCUCUGCCAAGGGACAGUGAAAGUGAAGCUUCGAGCACACCGGGAGUGCCAGAAACUCAAAGCUUGGGAGUUUCAACCUUGUCAUUCUACUGUAGACUACACGACAUUCUAUCGGUCCUGUGUGACAGAUAUGUGUGAGUGUCCAGUCCAUAAAAACUGCUAUUGUGAAUCCUUCCUGGCAUAUGCCCGGGCUUGCCAAAGAGAAGGGGCCAGAGUCCACUGGAAGCCGGAGCAGAGCUGUGCCGCCACCCAGUGCAAACAUGGCGCUGUGUACGACACCUGUGGACCUGGAUGCAUCAAGACGUGCGACAACUGGAACGAGAUUGGCCCCUGCAAUAAGCCGUGUGUUGCAGGCUGCCACUGCCCCGCCAACCUGGUACAUCACAAAGGAAGAUGCAUCAAACCAGUUCUCUGUCCCCAACGGUGACCUCUGUUCAGGGUCAAAGACUUGGAAAGCGGGUGUCCUGGACACCUGCAUUGAACAGCCAAUGAAGGACUAUGGGUUUAAAUGCAGAUUCUGCAAAAAACCCACCCAGAGUACAUAUGUGUAAAUAUACAUGUAUGUGCACAUCUACACAUGUGUGUAUGUGUAGGUGUGUAUACGGAGAUAAAAAACAUACAACAUUUAUAUAAACCAUAGAAGGAAGAAUUAUUAUAUGUAUAUUUUUUGCUAUAAGACAUGUAUUAUUUCUAGAAUUCUAAUCUGUAAGCCAUGGAAGUUAUUGUAUAAAUAAACCCAAUGUUUCUAAUUUAAUCGGGUGGCAUGGCGGCCCUCUGGAUGGCUUUCCCAUUACAUAAACUUCGGGGAAGUUUUCUAAGAACCCCGAGUGUUCGGAUGGCAUUCCUUUUGACCCCGAAGCAGGAUUUGUAGUUGGAUGGAAAACACAUCUCUCUGGAGGAAGAGGAUUUAUCUGUGGGCAAGAAAGGAAUGUGUGCUCGUGAAAGCCGGCCAGGGGAUUGGUGGCAGGAGUGAAAAUGGCUGGCUGGCUGGUCUGCGGAGCUACAGUUGGGUAAUGUUUCCAAGGAGAUCUUUGUCAGUGGAACCAAGUCAAAGAGCCAAAUAAAAGCAGUCAUCUUUAUUG